AUGUUGCGUUUCAAGGGAUCAAGCUCAUCCACCGGUUCCCAACAUCUCCCCCGCAGUGCGUUGUGGUCUCAAGCUGCUCUACGUUGGAAACCAUCUCAAAUAGCCAUGGGCUGCGGUGGAAGUACCAGCAAACGAGUCCUCAACGAUGAUGUCAAGGCCAAAUUGGAGGAGAUGUUCAGCAAUAUAGAUGUGGACAAGAACGGCACGAUCACUAAAGAGGAGGCUCACAAGUUCUUCACAAGCUUCUCCAAGGUGAAUACCAAAGCCUUCUUCGAUGAGGUCGAUGCAGAUAAGAGCGGAAGUAUCUCCAAAGCCGAAUUCAUGGGCUUCUGGGAUCAGGUCAGAGUUGCUGGCUAUACCAACGAAGAGAUUCUGGAAGAACUCGAAGAUUUGGCAAAGGGCAGUGAUUGGGUCAACUGGAAGGACACCAAAGAUGUUGCCACGGAGUCCAAAUCUGGUCCACAGGCUGAGUACAGACCCGUACAGCCAAAGGUGGAAGCUGCAGAAGCCGCAGAUACAAAACCGGCAGAAGCCGCUGCGGACGCUGCAGAAACACCGGCUCCGGCUGAACCAGCCAUGAUUUCAGACGAGGUCACUGCGAAAUUGGAGGAGAUGUUUGCUAGGAUAGACGUGGACAAGAGCAAUACAAUUACAAAGGAAGAGGCCAUGAAAUUCUUCACCAGUUUUUCCAAGGUGAAUACCAAAGCGUUCUUCGAUGAGGUGGACGAUGAUCACAAUGGACUCAUUGCCAAGGACGAAUUUAUGGGUUUUUGGCAGCAGGUCCGAAAUUCUGGCUACCAGAACGAAGAGAUUUUGGAAGAGUUGGAAGAUCUGGUGAAGGGUGGUGCUUGGGUGAAUUGGGAGGACGGCAAAGAAGUAAGUGGCUGACGCACUUUCCGCUGAUCUCUCGAGAGCUCUUUGGUUUUUGGCGAGCCCCCGUUGAUGUGGCUAAGUCAUGUCAGCGCAGGUUCGAGAGCUUCCCAGGACCUCACAGAAUAUUUUUCACCUCGAUGGAUGGAUCAAAGUCGGUCCAUCGUUUUUGCGAAAGACCAGGAAUUGCCAAAGCAAAAGG